AAUAAAAUAAAGACGGAUGUUAAUAAUCGAUCGGCGAAGAAAACAGCAAAUUCAGUGAUAAUUUGAGGAAUACUUUCUCUUACAAAAGAAAUCAUCAUGGAGGAUGUGUCAGGAGAGAAGAUCGAGUAGCAGAUUCGCGAUGUCCGUUCUCUCGUGAUCGAACGAGGAAGGAAAGCCAUGAGCAACAGCAGCAGUAGAGAAGAGGAUCGAGACAAGGAAUCUCCUGGUUCACCCUCCGCUCUUGAUUCUAGAUUCAAUCAAACUCUCAGAAAUGUUCAGGGGUUGCUAAAGGGUCGGAGCUUCCCUGGAAAGAUAUUGAUAACGCGGAGAUCCGAACCUCCAGAUCAGUCAGUUUUGCUUUCUCCAAACACAGGGAGGAGGUAUUCAGAGAGCAAUAAUGACCAUGGUGAACACGGGGAUAGAUUAACUGAGGAAAAACUUCAAAACAGAGGAAGUGCAGACAUGAACUCGUCUGUUAACGAAGCUAAAUCUGAAACCAUGGAUAGUGAAAGCACUUCAAAGGAGAUUCAUAAUUCCAAAUUCACAGUGGGAGCUAGAUCUACAGACUCAGCUAGGCUAAUGAAGUUCACAAAGGAACUAUCCGGGCCCACUGUAUAUUUAGAAAAUUUGCGGCAGUUAGCAUGGAGUGGCGUGCCUCCAUAUUUACGUCCAACUGUUUGGAGACUUCUCUUGGGAUAUGCACCCUCUAAUUCAGAUAGAAGGGAGGGAGUUUUGAGAAGAAAGCGCCAGGAGUAUCUUGAUUGUGUUGCUCAGCAUUAUGAUAUUUCUGAUAUAGACCGUACGGAUGAAGAGAUUAACAUGCUUCGCCAGAUUGGUGUUGACUGUCCCAGAACUGUUCCUGAUGUCUCUUUCUUUCAACAAAUUGAAGUUCAAAAGUCGCUGGAGCGAAUACUUUACAUCUGGGCUAUACGACAUCCUGCAAGCGGUUAUGUGCAAGGAAUAAAUGAUCUUGCUACACCCUUCUUAGUUGUUUUUUUGUCAGAAUACCUGGAGGGUAGUAUUGAUACAUGGUCAAUGGCCGAUCUUUCUCCUGAGAAGAUAUCAAAUGUAGAAGCCGACUGUUAUUGGUGCCUAUCCAAGAUGCUUGACGGCAUGCAAGACCACUACACCUUUGCUCAGCCUGGAAUUCAGCGACUUGUGUUUAAGCUGAAGGAAUUGGUUAGAAGGAUUGAUGAACCUGUCUCAAGGCACAUGGAGGACCAGGGGCUUGAGUUUCUUCAGUUUGCUUUCCGCUGGUUCAAUUGCCUUCUUAUACGAGAGAUUCCAUUUCAUCUAGUUACUCGUUUAUGGGACACAUAUCUUGCCGAAGGAGAUGCACUACCAGACUUUCUUGUCUACAUAUUUGCCAGCUUUCUUUCAACGUGGUCAGACAAGCUACAGAAGCUUGAAUUCCAAGAAAUGGUGAUGUUCAUUCAGCACCUUCCGACUCUUAACUGGAGCCAUGUGGAGCUGGAGAUGGUGCUGUCCCGAGCUUAUAUGUGGCACACCAUGUUCAACAACUCCCCGAGCCAUUUAGCCAGCUGAGCUGAGCCGAGUGAGGAGAGCUAAUUAAUGGUAAUGGUAAAUGUGUUCGUUGCUACUAGUUUGGUUACUUACUUUGUGUGUUUUUAUUAUCCCCACAGUCACAGAUAGAAUGGAUGCCCCAUCUUCUUUGAGUUGUUGUUUUUGACUGGCAAUGUCAUUUGUGUUGAUAUUGGUGUUAUUAUUAGAGUUUACUGCUCAAGAAAUCAAUGAUGUUUUUCUAUGUAUUAUUAUUAUUAUUAUUAUUUUGUAAUAGCCUAAUUCUUAGGAUCCAUGGUUGAUUGAU